CUGGCUGCCCUAGCCUCAGAAGGGAAAGCCUGGGGUGAUUUUGGAGGAGAAUCACACUGGGAGCUCUGCACUGACUACUGGGGUCCAGGGAAAAUUAGAGGAGUGUGGGGAGGGGGGAUUUGGUCCUAAAAGAUCAGUCUAUUCGGCCCCCUCUCACGCACCCACACUCUUCUAAUUUUCCCUGGACCCCAGUAGUUUUAUUUAGUUGUUGUGGAGCAAGCCAUGCAAGAAGGAAAAGCUCUGUGGAGAGUGAGGGCAGGAACAGCUGGAGUUUUCCUUGCAAGAGGGCGGGGAGCUGGGGAGGCUGCUUAGCGGUAUCUUGAGUGCCCAGAGCACCUUGGCAGCUUGUGCUGCACCCUGCAGUCUCAAAGGUCGCUGAUGAUAAACAUAGGGCCCUCUCUUCCCUCCCCUCCCCUCCUCCCCCUUGGCUGCGACGGCUUUGCUGUGGCAGUCAGGGGUUUUUUUGCACGCUGGAGGAAGCAGUAGCGAGCAAUUUGCUAGACGGAGGGGGACGCUGCUGCCUUGGCCGGACCCGCUGCUGCAAGCUUGUGUCUCUCUCUGGCUGUGACACAAUAACAAGGCAGUCGGUGGGGUCCCUCCAGAAGGGAAAGGUGACCUGCGCAAUUAAGCCGGCUGAGCACGUGAGACCAGCUCCGUCCUGCAGUGCUGAGAGCCGCAGCCUCCCUAACCCUGUUGUGUUGUGUCCGCCCGGCAGGCAGCGAUGGAGGAGGACUUGGACAGCAUGCAGCAGAAGGCUGCUGAAUUGGAGCACAUGGCCGAGGUCUUACUGACUGGGGAGCAGUUACGGCUCAGACUGCAUGAAGAAAAGGUAAUUAAAGAUAGAAGGCAUCAUCUCAAGACAUAUCCAAACUGUUUUGUUGCCAAAGAGUUGAUUGACUGGCUGCUGGAUCGCAAAGAAGCCUCAGACAGAGAGACAGCAAUUAAACUGGUGCAGAAAUUAUUGGAUCACAGCAUUAUCCAUCAUGUUUGUGACGAGCAUAAGGAAUUCAAGGAUGUCAAACUUUUCUACCGCUUUAGGAAAGACGAUGGAACAUUCCCACUGGAUAACGAGGUGAAGGUGUUCAUGAGAGGACAGAGGCUAUAUGAGAAGCUGAUGAAUUCUGAGAACACACUAUUACAAGCCAGAGAAGAGGAGGAAGUCAAGUAUGAACGGACCUUUGUGGCAUCUGAGUUUAUUGAAUGGCUGAUCCAGGAAGGAGAAGUCACAGCAAGGACUGAGGCAGAACAACUUGGCCGUAGACUGUUGGAGCAUGGUGUGAGGUCAGAGGGACUCUGGGUGGGGCAGGGAAUUAUACAGCACGUGUCCAAUAAGCACCAUUUUACAGAUAGUAACCUGCUCUACCAGUUCAGAAUGAAUUUCCGCCGGCGACGGAGGCUGAUGGAGCUGCUUCCUGAGAAAUCCCGUUUGAUGCCAGAAAGUCAUGACAGUCCCUUUUGCCUGCGCAAGCAGAACCAUGACAACAGAAAACACACCAGUUUUCAGUCAGUGAGUCCCACCAAGGAGAUAAAGAUUGUGUCAGCAGUAAGAAGGAGUAGCAUGAGCAGUUGUGGCAGUAGCGGUUACUUCAGCAGCAGUCCUACUCUCAGUAGUAGCCCCCCAGUAUUAUGCAACCCCAAAUCUGUAUUAAAAAGACCGGUGACUUCUGAUGAACUCUUGAUGCCUGGAGCCCCAUAUGCAAGAAAAACAUUCACAGUUGUUGGCGAUGCUGUCGGAUGGGGCUUUGUUGUGAGGGGGAGCAAGCCAUGCUAUAUUCAAGCUGUAGAUCCCAGUGGUCCUGCAGCUGCGGCAGGAAUGAAGGUCUGUCAGUUUGUGGUUUCUGUGAAUGGACUCAAUGUUCUUCAUGUGGACUACAGGACAGUGAGCAAUCUCAUUCUGACUGGCCCUCGAACUAUUGUCAUGGAAGUGAUGGAGGAAUUAGACUCCUGAAAAGGACAUUCCCUUACUGCAAACUGUGAUUAGAAAUUGGAGAGCCAAUCUCUGGCCAAACGACACAAGAAGGUGAAACUCUGCCUUGUCAAACUAGAUUAUUUUGCCAUUUGGUACUUCCCUUCAGUUUAACAAUAGUAGCUGUGGUUCAUAUGCUAAGAAGUGAACAGUAUAUGCCAGCAUGUUACCAUUUAAGACCCAAUCUUGCUGAAGACAAGGACAGGGUCUUUAUUUGUCAAUCCAGCUCUAUCUAUUGGGAUGGUAUGCUACUGAAAAGGCUGUGCGUAAUCUCGCCUGCCGUUCAACCAUGUGAUCACAAUACUUGAAAAGGAGAAAGAAAUGAAGUUGCUGUCAGGUAAGGUUUGCAGAUGGUAGGGUUGGCAUAUGAAUGUUAGUGAACUCUUCUCUAUGAAAUUUAGGGGUGUCCAAAGUGCAUCCCAGGAGAGCAGCUGCCUGCUAUUCCCUAUCUGUAAUCAUAGAGUGAAGAAAAAGGUGAUCAACUUCAGACGUUUAUUGUUGUUGAAUGUAAACAGCUAGCAGACAACAUUAAAAUUCGCAGAUAUAAAAAUGUGUGCCUUUCUGUGGAAAGCACUGUAUUACCAGAGAUGAAUAGCCCUGUAAAAACCUGCCACAAUUGUUCUAUGAAGGAAAACACAAGAGCAGACAAAUGUUAUGAAUGUGAGCAUUAAUUUUUCAUUUUAAAAAUACAGUCUUUGAAAACCAGUCCUCUUAGCAAGGUGUCAAAGUACAAAUUUUGGAAAUUUUUAUCUUUAUACCUUCUGUCUAAAAUAGUUUAAUCUCCUGGUACCUUGUCAUUUUGGUUCUUUUCACAAAGUUUGGUAUUCCUGAUAUAAGAAUAUUAAUAAGAUUUUAGAGAGCUGAGGUCAGAGAAUCACAAUGUUAGCAUUAGCACUGAAAUAGUAGCUCUGAUAUGGUACAGUGCAUUUCAAAUUGAAGUAAAGUACUUGAAUGUGUCCUUGAUUACCAGCAUUUUCAAACCUGGAAAAGCUUAAAAACAACAAAUGUGCCAUAUAAUAAUUUACAUCUGAUACCAUUAUUAAUAAAAUAUUGUAUUUAA